AUGUUGAAUGAGUCGCCUUUGCUCGAUCUCAAGGCUUUAAACAAUUUCGAGUUCAUCCACUCCGGCGAAAUCGAUGGCACUUUCAUAGAACCAUCCAACACCAAGUCUCUCCAGGGGCGCAUUGCGUUCAGCGAGAAGAAGCAUCAGGAUGUUCUCCAAUAUCCAGAUAAUCGAUGGAUCCUUCCGGGAGUAAUUAAAUACCAGAGGAGGCUCUGCUGCGAGUAUGGCGCAGCGCUGAAGAUGCCAUUUUCAACUCUUCCGUCGCUCGACCGUCCUAAGGCGAAAACUUUGGCCAGCUCGCUGGCCAAGGAUUUGAUUGCGACUGGUCUAUCAGUCUUUUUUCAAGACUGGAUGGACUCGUCGGUCAGAGAGCUCAAAUCGAUCAGCCGGGUCGGCAGCUCAUUUGAGCCACUGGCACGGCAAUCCUCAUGUCCUUCACUGAGGGCGGGAGUCAUCAGCAAAGACACGGUCGCCAUCGCAGACGAGGCCCAUACUUACUGCCUAUUCCAUCGCAAACGCCAGUCAUCAGCAAACACACGGUCGCCGUCGCAGACGAGGACGACACUUACCCGCUAUUCCAUCGCAAACGCCAGUCAUCAGCAAACACACGGUCGCCGUCGCAGACGAGGACGACACUUACCCGCUAUUCCAUCGCAAACGCCAGUCAUCAGCAAACACACGGUCGCCGUCGCAGACGAGGCCCACACUUACCCCCUAUUCCAUCCCAAACGCCAGUCAUCAGCAAACACACGGUCGCCGUCGCAGACGAGGACGACACUUACCCGCUAUUCCAUCGCAAACGCCAGUCAUCAGCAAAGACACGGUCGCCGUCGCAGACGAGGCCCACACUUACCCCCUAUUCCAUCCCAAACGCCAGUCAUCAGCAAACACACGGUCGCCGUCGCAGACGAGGACGACACUUACCCGCUAUUCCAUCGCAAACGCCAGUCAUCAGCAAAGACACGGUCGCCGUCGCAGACGAGGACGACACUUAGCCGCUAUUCCAUCGCAAACGCCAGUCAUCAGCAAAGACAGGAUCGCCGUCGCAGACUAGGCCCAUACUUACUUCCUAUUCCAUCGCAAACGCCAGUCAUCAGCAAACACACGGUCGCCGUCGCAGACGAGGACGACACUUAG